AUGUCUUCGUCUACAUCAUCCCCUGCAGAAACUGGCUCAAAGGUUAAACCUUUCUCCGUUCUCUUUGUUUGCCUUGGCAACAUCUGUAGGAGUCCAGCUGCUGAAGGUGUAUUCAGGGACUUGGUCAAGAAGAAGGGCCUUGAAUCUAAGUUUAAUAUUGAUUCUGCUGGCACCAUCAACUACCAUGAGGGUGAUCAAGCUGAUCCAAGAAUGAGGGCCGCCUCAAAAAACCGUGGAGUUGAGAUAACUUCGAUAUCAAGACCAAUUAGGCGAUCUGAUUUUAUUGAUUUUGAUCUUAUUCUCGCAAUGGACAGGUCAAAUAGAGAGGAUAUCCUUUCAGCAUUUGAGAAAUGGAGGCAUAGAGAACCUUUGCCUGACGCUGCAGCUAAGAAGGUUCGACUAAUGUGCUCUUAUUGUAAGAAGCAUAAGGAAACUGAAGUCCCCGAUCCUUAUUAUGGUGGAGCAAAGGGUUUCGAGAAGGUUUUAGAUUUACUUGAAGAUGCCUGUGAAUCCCUACUGGAAAGCAUAUUAGGGGAAAACCCACAUUUGGUGGAUUCCUCAUGA